AUGUCUCUCAGCGCUGAAACUCUCUCCCAUCUUCGAGACACCGUUGACAGAGCUUGUUUUGAUCCCCAAAAAGGUAUUCCAGGUGUUACAAUUGUGGUUAUUAACAAAGAUGGAAAAGAACUAUUCGCACACUCGGCUGGCAAGCGCGGCUUGGUAUCGAAAGACCCAAUGACUCUAGAUACCCUUUUCUGGAUUGCAUCGUGUACCAAAAUGCUCACCGGCCUUGCUUGCAUGCAGCUUGUUGAAAAAGGUGCCCUGCAGCUGGAUGACGGAGACGCUCUUGAAAAUAUUCUCCCCGAACUCAAAGAAGUACAAGUGCUGCGGGAAGAUGGAACCUGUGAGACAAAAAACAAGAAGAUUACUCUUCGGAUGCUGUUGACCCAUACUUCUGGGUUUGGUUACACCUUUUUGAACGAGCGGCUGAGGGAUUGGUCUUUCCCCGCUGGCGCAAAUGAAUUCUCUGGACGAAUUGAAGAUGUCAUUUCACAGCCUCUGUUAUUCCAACCUGGCGAGGGAUGGGAGUACGGCACGGGGGUGGAUUGGGCUGGAAUAGCUGUUGAACGGAUAAGCGGACUAGUUCUCAAUGCAUAUUUCCAAAAGCAUAUCUUCGAACCUCUAGGCAUCAAAGACAUGACCAUGUUUCCUAGCAAGGAUAUGAAAGACAGACUUGCAUAUAUGCAUACGAGGGCUCCUGAUGGCAUUAUAAGGCCACGGGAUCACCUUUUUCGAAUUCCAUUGGUUAUCAAUCCCGAUAAUGUGGCUGAGACAUGCCGGGUGUUUAACAGUGGUGGUGCCGGCUUGUUUGGAACACCCCAAGAAUAUUGCAAGGUACUGGCAGUUCUAUUGAAUAACGGCACCUGCCCACGGACGGGUGUCCAAUUGCUGCGUAAAGAGACAGUGGAUGAAAUGUUCCGAAACCAGAUUCCACAGUAUCCAAAUUUUAGCCGCCAGGGAAUUCCUGCCUCCAAACCAGAAUUGACCAACGCCAUUAGCGAGUUGUAUUCGGUCCCUGAGAACCCACCACAGGGCUGGGGACUUACAUUUUUGAAGACCAAUGGAAGCGUUACUGGUAGGUCUACCGAUGCAGUUCACUGGGCUGGCCUAUCGGGUUUAUGGUGGUGGUGCGAUCGAGACAAUGGAGUUGCUGGAAUGGUCUGCACUCAGAUACUCCCAUUCGCAGACAGCCGAGUCAUCAGCCUAUGGGUUGAAGUGGAGACUCAAGUUUACAAAGCGCUUUCUGAGUGGAAAAAUUAA